AUGAUAAUUAAGUACUACGAGUCUAUCUUCAGUGCUAAUGCCUCUGAUCCAGCAGCCAUGGAUGUAGUACUGGAUUGCUUUCAGCCUAAGGUUUCUCGUGAAAUGAAUGAACAGCUUACUGCACCUUACUUGGAUGAGGAGAUAAAGAAAACCCUGUUUCAAAUGCAUCCUUCCAAGUCUCUGGGGCCAGAUGGGAUGUCUCCGUGUUUCUUUCAGAAGUUUUGGAAUGUUGUUGAGAAGGACGUGCGCAUAGUUGUGAGAGAGAUUCUCUAUACAGGUCAGAUUUCCCAAGAAUCCAACUUCACUCAUCUCACUUUGAUUCCAAAAAUCAAAGAACCUAAGCUGGUCUCCGACUUGCGACCUAUUGCCUUGUGUAAUGUUGUCUAUAAUAUUGCUUCCAAGGUCAUGGCAAAUAGAUUGAAGACUAUCCUUCCUCAGGUUAUCUCCCCUCUACAAAGUGCUUUCGUUCCGGGCCGUUUGAUCUCAGAUAAUACCCUUGUGGCCACUAAAAUAGCUCACUUUAUGAAGAAGCUCCGUAGACAGAUUGAUGGCUUUUUCUCUCUCAAGUUGGAUAUCUCUAAAGCUUAUGAUCGAUUGGAAUGGCGUUAUCUCGAGGCAGUCCUUCUCAAGUUGGGUUUUUGUAUGAGUUGGGUCAAGAUUGUGUUGGCUAUUGUGAAAUCGGGCCUUUCGGCUUUGAUAUCAUCUUCAAUUCAACGUGGAAUUGUCAAGGGAAUUACCUUAGCUCCUUCUGCUCCCACUAUCCAUCACUUGUUGUUUGCGGAUGAUAGCUUCCUAUUCGGAGAAGCAACUAUUAUGGAGUGUCAAGCCUUCAAGAAUAUCUUAACUCUCUACGCUCAGGCCUCAGGGCAACAUGUCAACCUUCAGAAGUCUAGUGUGGUCUUCAGUGGCAAUGUUAGCUUGAAUCAGAAGAAUCAGUUAGCUGCAAUUUUGGGUGUUGAAUGCGAUAAGGAGCAUGGUUUAUCUCUAGGGCUUCCUAUACAUGUCGGGCAUAAUAAGACGGCUAUUUUUGCCUACUUGAAAGAACGCCUCACCAAAAAACUUAUUAGUUGGAGAACUAAGAUCCCGAGUGUUGGGGGCAGGGAGUUGCUUGUUAAGCCAAAUCACUUUGUGAUGAUCUUUGGCAGAUGUGUUGUCAAUUCUUCUGGGGCAGCUCGGAUGGAAAGCGUAGUAUUCAUUGGAGGUCCUGGGAGAGAAUGUGUCUCCCUAAAGAGCAAGGAGGGAUGGCGUUUCCUGACCAGUCCAAACUCGCUUGUGGCUCAAGUUUUUAAAGCGGUGUAUUAUCCGUAUGGAUCUUUUCUUACUGCGGAUAUGGGUGAGAGACCUUCCUACUCAUGGCGGAGUAUCAUGGAAGCUAGCCCUGUAUUGGAGGCUGGUUUACAAUGGAGGAUUGGUAAUGGGGCCUCUAUAGCGGCCCGAGUUCUCUCCAUCCCUCUCAGUCGUCGUUUUGGUCAUGAUCGUAUGGCCUGGAAGCUACAUAAGAAAGGUUUCUUCACUGUUAAAUCAGCGUAUGUAAUAGCUUGGGACAUCUCGAUUGCUAAUGUUUUUGCUUCCUCUUCUAAUGGGAAUAUUUAUGGCCCGAUUUGGAGAGCCUUGUGGAAGGAAAAAGUUCCCAAUAAGGUGGCUAUAUUUGGAUGGAGAGUGGUCCAAAAUCUCCUUCCCACUCGGGCUGCCUUAGCUCGGAAAGGUUAUUCAGGUGAUCUGCAAUGUGUGAUUUGUUCUAAUGCAGUUGAGAAUGUGGAACAUCUGUUUAGUCAUUGCAGUCUAGCCUGUGAGAUUGUAGGAGCUCCUCCUUUCUCCAUUCCUCCGUCUUCUGUAUCUUGGAAAUAUUGGUUUCUAGAACAGGUCACUUUGCUGUCAGCAACUUCUUUUGACAAACUCCUCGUUCUGCUGUGGAGUCUAUGGAGGAAUAGGAAUGAUAAACUAUGGUGGAACCGGUCUCUAACAGGUCCUGGUAUUGUGGCCUCGGCUAUGGCUUGCUAUGAGGAAUACUCUCAAGCCAAUCUAGUGACAGCAGGUUUUUCGUAUAGAGUUGCUUUUGUCAGCUCUGCUCUACAUGUGGAGCUCCUGGCUAUGAAAUCUGGAUUGAAACUUCUACAUGCAAUGCAUGUCACUAAGGCCAUCUUAGAGAGCAACUGCCUUUUAGCUGUACAUGCCAUUAACUCAGUGACUGAGGAUAUGUCUGACUUAGGUGCUUUGGUUUCUGAGAUUAAAGGUCUUGUGGCUACUGUGGGGGAGGUUACAGUUAGAUUUGCACCCAGGCAAGCUAACAUGGUUGCUCAUCGUCUAGCUAACAAUAGUUUUGAGACAGAUUGUCAUCUUGAAUGGUUUACUCAUGCUCCAGAAUUUGUAUUGGAUGCCCUCAUGUACGAUCGGAAUCAUAUCUAA